AUGACUAAUCUGGGAUCUGGAUGGCCCAAGACAAUCCCUUUUGGUCACAGAACCGGGUUGCCGUUUGUUCCCGUCAAAUUCCGAGUGUGGUGGUGUCGUUGUUCCGACCUCAAAGACAAGACGCUCGAUGUCCUUAGCGACCACGACGACACCGCUGACAACAGCAUCCUAGACGACCCCGAGCCCAACUCGUUCACCUCGGACUCUCUCACUGCUGCCGAGCCCGAGACCAGAGAAGAUGACAAGGGAACCCCGUACUACCCCAACCAGGAACGACCGUCGCGGCCGUCGUCGUGUGUGUUUGUGGCCAGCUUGAACGCCACCCUCACCGACGACCAGCUCAACAAUUCGGUCACCCGCCACUUUGCCCAGUGGGGCUCCAUUGCCUUCGUCAAGGUCCUCCGAGACCUGUGCGAGCGGCCCUACGCCUUUGUCCAGUUCAACACCGACGACGACGCCAAGAACGCCAUUGCCAAGGGUCAGGGAACCUACCUCGACAACCGCUACAUUCGUUGCGAGCCUGCUCGAGUCAACCGAACCCUCUUUGUUUACCAAAACCCAUCCACCACGUCUCCCGUAAGUAUCCCCCCCCUCCGAUGA